GGAAAACAGCCUGCAGAAAUAAUGGCCGCACGCAGCAGCCGAGUUCUCUAACGGUCUCCACUUCACCGUUAGAGGAGAUUAUUCCGAGAGCAAAACAGGACGCUUAUUUCUGGCUCUUCAUUGCCAAAAUUAGCUCAUAACAUCCAGGAGUGGCUUUCUAUUAGUGAUUUACAACCAAAUACUGCCAGGAGUCUAAACUCCCUGAAGGGAGUCAGCACACCAGCCCUCAGAACCAGAGAAAGUGCUUCUCCACUCACAGUGGAGCAAACUUUGAUCUUUUAUUUAGCAAGCUUAACAGAGCACAGCACGUUGAUGAUGACUGUCACCACAUUGUCAAAAUUUACUAACGAGAACCAUGAUAUCAGGCUGCAGUCACAACUCCCUGAGGGGAGACAGCACACCAGCCGACAGGGGAGCCCUCACAAGCAGAGAGAGUUCCUUUCCACUCACAGUUCCUUUUCCACUCACAGUGGUGUAUAAAUAAAUACUAUGAGGGCAGAGGGGGGAGAAAUACACAAAAUUACUUAAACCAAAAAUAAAAAUAAAAAUUCAUGAAUAUGUUAGAACAACGCAAGGGAGAAGAAAUAGCAAAACACAAAAAAGGGGGGGGGAUACAGGAAAACAGUAAAGAGAGUAAGAGACAGAGAGAUAAAGAAACAGACAGAAAGAUUAAACCAAAAAAAGGAAAAAUAAAUAAAGGGAGGGUAAAAGCUAGCGCCCGUUAUUAUAACGGGCUUAAACAUACUAGUAAUGUCAUAUAACAGAAUAUAGCCAAUAAUCUUAUUCCUUAAAUUUAAAAAUAUUAUCAAUAUUGCAGCCACUUACUUCUAAAUGUUAAUUCUAGAGGUCCACUCUUCCCUAAUUUCCCCAUUCUUAAUAUAUUCUCAUUUCUUCCAUAAAAAGGAAAGAAAGAAACAAGAAGAAACAAAAGACAAAAAUAUGUGGCAAUUCCUUAAGUCAUUAAAACUAUCGGGUUUAUCAUACAACAUCCUAAUUCCUGAUUAGGUUAUUGUCAGUAUUAAACCUUAUAUAGAACUCCCUAAAUGAAAAGCCAAUUAAUGAGGUAUAAUAUUUAAUUAUACUCAAAGUUAAAACCUAUAAAUGAAACCCUAAAUUAAUCACAUAAUUUAUCGUUUCUUCCAUGAAGAUAUGUGACAAUUCCUUAAGUCAUUAAAACAUUCAGGUAUAUCAUAAAAAAUCUUAGAUUUUGAGUAGGUUAUUUCAAUGCUAAACCCUAUAUAGACUUCCCUGAAUCUCAAUGAGAAAAAAAAGAACAAUUAACACAGGGAAUACAUUGAAAGGCCAAUUAAUAAGAUAUAUAUCUGCUGGCCAUUUGUUGCCAAUCCAUAAGGAGAAUUGACUCUUCAGAUUACUGUAAAAGUACUUUAAAUCUGCAAAUAGUUGAUUCUCAGAUUGGCUGCAAAUUACCAGCAGAUGGUGCUGUGAAAUUGCGCAAUGAGGAAGUAUAUUAUCUAGAACCUACAUAAACUAGCAAAAAGAAUGUCUGUUUUCAAACAGAGCUUUUUUCUGUCUGGUAGCACCCACAGGCACUAUUCAAUAAGUGAUCAGGACAAUUGUGUCCACUCCAAAACUAGCAGCACUGGAUAGUGCUAGUGGGGGAAACUGAGUUUAGCCCAUGAUUUGUGGCUGGAGUGCUGAAAAAACUUUUUUCUAAGUGCAGAAAGCCAUCCUGGAGGAACUAUGUUUUUCUCCCAGGAAACUAGAGUUACAUGCUGCCUUUUUUAAAAAGUAAAAGAAAAAAUAACUGUAAACAAAAUCAAAGGUGCACUUUACCCUCUUCUUCUCACUGUCUUUCUACAGCAACAUCAGCUCUGAGGAGUGCACGGAGGCAGGAACAGUUGAUCAGUAAGCGGCUUUUACGUGAUGACACUUUGACAGAUGAAGAGCAGAUUGGGACAGACAGUGAAGCAACAGCUCUUUUCUCUGAGCAAGAGGUUUCACAGCUGCUGAUAAACAUCCAGAAGGGAACAGAAGACAGGGCAGUAUCCUUGAAUCGCCUUCGACGAGGACUACAGCACAAAGAGACACAGCAGCAAUUCAUCAGGCUGGAGGGCAGCAUGCGUGUACUGAUUGGCCUUUUCACCAGCAGUCUGGCAGAUCUGCAGAUGGAGGCAGCUCGUUGUCUGCAUGAACUCUCACACUCUAGUGAUCCUGAUGUGGUUUCGGCUUGUUUGCCAGCAACCUCGUAUCUCCUGACCUAUCUCUCUGGACACAGUAUAGCCCUCACGGAGCUCUGUUUGUACACACUGGGGAAUUUGGCAGUUGAGAUUAAGGCUGUGAAGAAGCAACUCCUACCUCAGGGCAUUAUCCCAGUCUUGGCAUCUUGUAUCCAGUCUCCUCAUGUGGUGGUGCAGGAAGGUGUUGGCUAUGUUCUGUCACAGCUCUUGCAGUCCAAAGAAGCUCCAGCUGAAAUAAUACCCUUGGUCCUAGAGUCCACCCUCUCCCAAGACAUGCUUCGUUUGAUUUGUUCCAAUCUGGAAGAGGGAAUAGGCGCUGCAGUGGAAUUUGCAUGGGGUCUUCACUACAUUAUUUGCAGCCAGGUGAACAACGCGCUACUGAUCUCUCAAAGGACAGUGCCAUCUCUAGUGAAGCUGUUGCUGGAACUGGCCUCCAUGAUAGCAGCAACUUCUGUUGAGGGUCUGGAACUGCUGAUCUGCCCUGUGGUGCGGUGUGUUGCCAACCUUCUUGCAGAAGGAGAUGGCUGUGAACUAUUAGUAGAAGAGGAGUGCUUUUUGAAGGCCUUGUUUGUCUUCAUGCAAUAUUUCCUCCCCAAACAUGUCUUUGUUGUACAGGAGUGUCUAUGGCUCAUCAACAACCUCACAGCCGACAACACCAUAUUUUGCUGUGCUCUACUCAGAACAGACUGCUUCCCUUUUCUGCUAAAACUCUUAUGUUCCCAGAUGGUGAGCUUCUUGGUUCUGACAGUGCUGUGCAACAUAGCUGCAAAGGGUGCUGCCUGCUGCCAGGCAUUGCACCAGAAGGCUGUGCUUCCUGCCCUCAUAAGCCUCCUUGCCCUUCCUGAUGUUCAAGUGGUGAGCCAAGAUCUGGAACUGCUACACCUCCUCUUCCAUCACUGGCCAGAGGCUGCCACCGACUUUGUAGCUCAGUCUGGACUACAAGCCCUGGAGCAGUAUCAGGAUAACCUACAGCUGCAGGAGCAAGCAAAGGCACUAAUCCAGACUGCCAGCCAGCUAGCUGCUUUCCCCUAGGAUUGUCUCCUUGGUGCUUCUGCUGAAGAUCUACAGCAUGCUUCCUUAUAAAGUUGUGAUAGUGAUACUCAGAUCAGCUGUAUCACCUUGUUGCCAAUAGGACCUUGAACAGAGCACUGACUCUCAUGUUUGAAAGGACAGUAUCAGCAAACAAGUAUGGCUAAUACAGUAUUUCUGAAAACUAGCUUUUCUACUGGACCUGUUCUAUGCAGUCUACAUUCCUACCUUUAACCUAGCUCUUGAAGGUAGGAAGAAUCAUUUUGCGAUUUUGGCUAUAAAACAGGCACUUGGGCUGUAUUUUGUAAAUCAUUUUUUAUACAGGAGUUACACGUGUAAAUUUUAACUUAGACUUAAAUACAGGUUGUAUGGAUUAUCUUUAUGCUUUGCUGUUAACAGCAUUCUCCAAGACUUUGGUAACUUGGUCCACAGUUAGGUUGUUCAGUGGUAUACUCUUCUCUCUGCCAAAUGCUGAAGGGGGAAAAGAAAGAGAAACUGGAUGAAAGAGAUCUCUCUUGAACUGUUUUUAUUUAAGGGUAGAAGUUUAACAGAUUGCUAUGCACUUGUGGCAUAGAGCACAUCGCAGCCUGUUUUUUUCUGGAACCUUAUUGGACACAGGAAACAUCCUGCCCAGCCAAAGUGUGAUAUAUAGGUUCUGCAGACUUUAAACAGCUACUAUAUUGAAUUCUGGGAUACUAUGCCAUAAGGGGGAAGUGUCAUUUCACAUGUGCCUUUGCUUUUGGAUGUGCUGGCAAAGAGCUGGUUUUCAUAAAAGCUGAAAUUCACUUAUGCACUCUUAUGCCCAGUAAUCUUGCUUUGCACUUCAUCUAAGCAUCUCUAAACAGAGAGAGGAUGCCUGAAGACAGCAUAAAGUUGUUCAGACACACAGGAAUCCUCACAAUUAGCUAGUGUGUCUCCCUACCUCACCAAUUUAUCUGGAUUCCAGAAAAUCUGAGUUGAUCUUUCACUCCAUCAGGGUCCUAGGCACUCGGGUAGCUAGACCUUAAGAAAAUACUAGUUAAGCUUAUGACAAUGCUUUCUUGUCUCAGUUGUCAGAGCAACACAUGUUUUGCCAUGGGCAACAGGCUUAGCCAGCUAGGAUAAACUCUAUAGCUUCCUUGGCUAUACUCUGUUUUAGCAUGAAGCCACCAUAUCUGUUCAAAACACCAGCUCAGUGGUCAGUACAGGUUGGUGUACUGGUAUGAUCCCAACAGUCCUAGGACUACACCAAACACAACACUGGUUUUGGUUUAUAGACAAUUCUAAAGGUUGGCCAUAUGGUUCACUGCUACUGAUCCCAGUUUAAAAGUAUGUAGCCAACUACAAGGCCAAAUACCAAAACCUGGCUAGACAAGGUCAGAGGCCCUCAACUUGAAGUAUGGUUAAUUGAUGCUUUGCUUACUAUUAAAGUGUAUGUUUAAUAUGA